AGCUACAACAAGCACAUACCUAUCGCUCAAAGUUGAUCAUGAUGAGGACGUCUUUCCCUAUUUUGUUCGUGUUGUCUCUCAUUCUCUCUUUCUCCUAUGCUGCUGUGCAAGACUUCUGUGUUGCAGACUACACAGCUCCUCAAGGCCCUGCAGGCUACUCUUGCAAAAAUCCUGCAAAUGUUACAGUGGAUGAUUUCGUCUACUCUGCCCUAGGAGUUCCUGGUAACACCUCAAAUAUGAUCAAAACCGGAAUCACCACCGCAUUUUCUUCUCAAUUCCCUGGUUUGAAUGGCCUUGGCGUUGCAUUAGCUCGCGCAGACUUGGCUGUUGGUGGAGUUGUCCCAAUGCACACACACCAUGGAGCUUCAGAAAUUGUACUUAUUAUUGAAGGAACCAUAACCGCCGGGUUCAUUUCCUCAGAUAACAAAGUUUAUCUAAAAACUCUUAAGAAGGGUGACAUCAUGGUUUUCCCUCAAGGGCUGUUGCACUUCCAAGUGAAUGUUGGUGAUACUCCAGCUCUUGAGUUUGUUAGCUUCAGCAGUGAUAGCCCCGGUCUGCAGAUUCUCCAUACCGCACUAUUUCAAAACAAUUUACCUACUGAUCUAAUCACGCGAUCCACUUUCCUCGACACUGCUGAGAUAAAGAGACUCAAGGCUCUUCUUGGUGGUACUAAUUAAGGUUGACGUAUAUGUACGAAAUAUGAAUUGUUACUAAAUAAUGUCUCUUAUCAUGUGUAAGAGUGCUCUGUAAUUGUAUGCUGCUAAUUCAUGUGUGAAGCAAUCAUGUUGAAAGUUGUACCUUAUGAUCAAUAAAUGAAUUUAAUUUUAUUUGUGCCUUGUA